GCAGACAUUUGAUGCCUAAUUUGGUUUUGUGGGCGGGACGCUGCUGCUCGGAGCCUCUUGCUGAACACUGAUCUGAGGAGUUUCCCUCUGCCAUUCUCUACCGCUGGAUUUGACGGAGAGUGUCUGCAGCCCAGUAUCACAAAGUUUCUCUGCCUUCUCGUGUGCUGAUAUCCGAGGAAGUGAUUCCCUAUAGGACGAAACUCUUCUCUCUCAGGAACCAUUUCAUCCUCUCGCAUCACCUAUCACAUCAUGGCUGUAGUUCUCCAUACCAACCCCCUCUUUUGGACACGGCUGGCAGCCAUGAUCUUCGCCUGCGUGGCCUUCUCCGUGGCCGUGCAUGGAGGCAGACUCUCCCACGGCACCGGGGACUGGUGCGUCUUCUGCUGGGCCUUCAGUUUCGCCGGGACCCUCCUUGUCCUCCUGGUGGAGAUCUUCGGCCUGCAGACCAGAGCCCCUGUUUCCUGGAAGAACUUCCCCAUCACCUUCGCCUGCUAUGCCGCCCUGCUCUGCCUGUCCGCCUCCAUCAUCUUCCCUCUCUAUUAUCUCAAGGGCUCCAUAGGCCAGAGCGAACUCCGCGACUACCGCAUCGUGUCGACCGUCUUCUCCUGCCUGGCCACCAUCGCCUACAUUAGCGAGGUGAGCAUCAGCAAGGCGCGUCCGGGAGAAGUUGCCGGCUACAUGGCGACAGCUCCAGGCCUCCUGAAAGUCUGCGAGACCUUUGUGGCCUGCAUCAUCUUCGUCUUCAUCAGCGACCCUGUGUUGUACGACCGUCAUGACGCGCUCAAGUACUGCAUGUCGGUCUACUGCAUCUGCUUCAUCCUGUCGGCGGCCAUCAUCCUGCUCUGCAUAGGCGAAUGCACUGGCUGCCUUCCUUUCCCGUUCGCACGCUUCCUGUCCGCCUACGCCCUGCUGGCUGUUGUCCUCUAUCUAUCAGCGACCAUCAUCUGGCCGAUCUUCAACUUUGACCCAAAGCAUGGCGGCGCAAAAAAUAGGCCCUACAACUGCAGCAACACGCAGGGUUUGUGUGUGUGGGAUAAGAACAUGGUGGUGUCUGUGCUCACCGGGGUCAACUUCGUCCUUUACCUGGCCGACCUGAUCUACUCCUCCCGCCUGGUGUUUGUGAAAGCUUGAAAGAAGUGAAAGGGUUUUAAGCUGGCAGUAUGCACCAAAUAAAGUUGAAUUUGUCAGGUUUUCAAAGGCUUCAGACUGCUGUCAAAAACAGUGUUGCAAGCAAGUGUAAUCACUGCGACUCAGAUCUAUUUAUAUAAUGGCAUCGGUGUCUCACACUAGCAAAGCUUCUGCCUUGUGAUAGCAGAAGACUGCAUAGUUAUACCAAAACUAGUGUAGUUGUUUGCAGAAUUGCCCUCUGGUUUGACAUUAUUAGUUGAUGGAAUUGAUGGAGUUUCAAAAAUGUCUCUGGGCAAUCAAACCAAAUAUUGUGUUUUUUUCCCCUAAGACUUUGCCUGUGCAAACCUGCCAAAUUUAAUUUGAGUGAAGUAUACUGCUUAGGAGGGUACAGAGAAAAAGAGGUGGAAUUCAAUGGCUUUGAUUACACACAUACAACAAUAUUCCCUAAUAAAAAAAUACCAAGGCUUUCUGCUCAUAAAUGUCAAACCUUGCUUGACUGUUAUCUUGAGGAUGAGAGACCUGAAUGUAAUUGCUGGAUCUUUUUCAUCCAUUUUAAUAGCAGGACAUUGCCAAUUGUAUUACACAAAAUACAGUAUUUCAUGUAUACAUAGAUUUUCUGGAGUAAGCUAUAAAAAUAAUCUCACAGACAAGACUCUUCAAAGUAAUACAUGCUACUGAAACGGCCAAAUACUGUGCAUGUCAACAUAGUCUGUAGUGACACAUGAAGAAAUACCAAAGAAAUACCAAAGAAAAUGGCGGCUUAUUAUUGUGUUUUUGUGCGAUUUCUUUGCAUGAUGUAUAUGUCGGCGCUCUGCCUUAGUUUGUGCUCAAUUUGAGAACAUUUUUGAAAACAUACUGCUCAAAUCCAAGCCUUUAAAGAAAGUUUUCUUUCUGUCUUUUUUAAAAAUUUGUUUCAUUUUCCAAAAAAGAGGAAGUGUCAUUUUCUGUCUCUGUGUAUCUGCAGGAUACAAUCAACGGUAAGAAUAUAUAUGCGAAAAGAAAACAUGCACGAUGUGGUGUCAAAAAUAAUUAAAGUAUGUUUAAAGUGCACUUAUUUUUAGUAUUUUUGAUGCCUUUUUAAAUGUCUGGAGUAUCCAAAUAUCUAAUCAUCUAUAAACACCUCACACCACUUAAUUCAUAUACGUAUCUGUCAGUUGGGUCGACUGCUGUAAUAAAUACUCAGAGAAAGUCAAUAAAACGGAUGCUUAUCUCUCUAGAUGUUUUAAGUGUUAUAUUCCUUAGCUUUUUUUAUAUUCCACUGUUCGUGUUUCAAUUGUGCAUACCACAUCAGUGUUGUAAGAACACAUAAUCCAGUGUUUCAAUAAAACCACAUGUUAAACAGA